AUGCAGCUUCUAGGCACACAUAUCCUCGAUGCCAGCGAGCUUUUCCAACCCCAUCAUCCUCUGUAUUCUUUGAAGGCAGCUGAGGUGAGAGUGCUUUAGCUUUUUCUCUUCUUAACGCAGUGCAGUCAGGACAGCAGGUCUGCACACCCUGAGUUUCGUUUCGAAGAGAAUGCCACGUUGGUUUCAGACGUCUGCUGCGUGCGUCGCGGUGUCGACAGCACCGGUGACUUGCGUAUGACCAAGUUCAUGGGUAGGCAUACUUGCACAGUCCGAGUGAUACGGCUACAGUCCUGAAAUGGAGUGACGGGAAAAUAUUUACAACUAGAAAAUGGUGGGGGGGGGGGUGAGAGGCGUUCACCUAGAGAGCAGGUCUGAUCGGGUUGCUGAGCCAUCGUCACGCCAAUGUAAUUAGUCAUUCGGGGAGCGCGCAGGUCGGUGAAUUAAAUGGCUGAACAAUCAUCACGCCAAUAUCCAACGCAGGUGAUUAAAUUUCAGCAAUUAACAACUUGCAUGUCGGCCAUCAAUCAAUUAGCGCGCCAGCCAGCUAAUAUCCCCGAUGAAGGAGAGAGCGCUUAACUACUAUGGGCAUGCAGUAGUAUAGCGACCUGCGGUGCACGAAUCAUCCUUAUCUGUUGCUGUCUCCGAUUCUGGGUUUGGGCGGGAAUCUGAAACGUCAGGCGAAUAAAGCUCUUGCGCCUGCGACCGAUUCUACCCAUUAUCGACUAAUUCUCAGAGCUGGCAUCUUCGCUCGUACCGACAUGCCCUUCUUUGGUCCAGCCGCAGUUCUGUUAACCCCCGUCAGUAGUGACUUUCGACGCACGCAUUCACAGCACCGAGCCGUCGGGGCCGCCAAUUAUCGCCAUGGCCAACGAGAGCGGAGGCAACACAGGGCGCGAUGAAAUGUGGGUCGGAUGCCGCCACACAGGCGACAUUUGCGGGCUAUGCAUCAAACACUCUGCGUCACAUAACGAGAACUGUGUGCAUGGCUUUCUAGUCUCUGAAGAUAGGUGGACGAAAUAACUACUCGAAACGUCAGACCUUCAAUAAACUUGUCACUAUGAAUACCUCAUCUUCGUUUGACACCCUGUCAAUCGCAUUUUCACUGCUAUUGCUUUGCACCUAAUCUUAGGCUGUGAAUGGGCAAAUCGCCAUAAAAGUCUAGUUUGGCUACCCAGAAGAUUUUAAUUAGGCCUAUCUCACUGCCUGAAAUAAUGUUGCAUGCUGAGAAAGCCUUGUUCUCGCGAAAGAAUUUAUGGGAAACUGUUGGAAAUUACCAAGUCGAGUUCAGGUGCAAACAGGAUAUCUGCAUUCAUGAAAAAUGUCAAGGGGUACUAGCUCUUGAACGUUGGUGAUAAUUUGUUUGCACCGGUGUACUUAUAUUGAAUUAACACACAGUUGUUUACCGCACACCUUCCUGCAAGGAGUCGAUACUUUCUCUGAAUGAUUCGACCGGGUUCUGCGCCUGAGCCUAUAUUCGAUCGUAUUGACAUUGUCUUGACAUCGGAGGGAGGUGAAUGUCUUGCGAGUGUUGGAGAUUUUGUGCAAGUACGCCUGGUCCAUACGCAAGUCACCUGCGCCUUGUCCACUCCGCGACGCAAGUAGUAGACGUCGUUUCCGGCGGUCGGACACUCACUACCUUUCUCUCCCAACAAUUCGCUUUAAUUUACCUCCCCCAGUAUGGUGAUGGUAAAAAUAAAAACUGUUUAUCCGGCGUCCGUGGGAGUACUGCCAGUUCCCCACUAUCCAGCGUGGUUGCGGAAGUAGUCCCACAAGAGCUUGAGAAGGUUGUCUUCGACCACUAUGAACCUGCGUUUUGACUUCGAUACAUGGACGAAACUUUCGUUAUAAUUGAAAUGCGAAGACCAGCAGACUUUCAAGACCUGCUCAACAGCAUCUUCUCCGACAUUCAGUUCACAUUGAAAGAAGGGAAUGAUGAACAAUUGAAUUUCCACCACGUCAUCGUCACACGUAGACCCAAUGAAUGUCUCAGCACCGCGGUGUAUGGGAACGCGACUAACACAACUCAGGUUCUCAGCUACCGUAGCAAUCACUCAAUGGCGCACAAACGCAGCUGUGUUAGAGCACUCUUCCAAAGGGUAAGGCAUUGUAGUCGACCUGAGGGCCCUCUACGAGAGCUACUUCAUCUUCGGGACCAACUGACAAGGAACGGACACCCAAACGGAUCCAUUAGCUGCUGCCUCCGUACACGCCCAUGGGGAACAAAUGGAGCAGAGCCACCAACACUCUGACACCCUCUACAGUUUAUAAAGAACGUGUCAGAGGCAACGGACUGUGUCGCUGUAGAGCUCGACUUGGGUUUUGCUUGUCUUCCGACAGCUACUAUGCGUACCGAAAUCAUGAAGAUGAGCGGACUACUAGACGCGGGAGAGCAAUCUGGCAUCGUUUAUUAGAUCCCGUGCCGUGACUGUCCUCGCCAUUAUAUAAGACAGACCGGACGACGACUACCCACAACCUGGAUGAAGUCCACGAAUUCCACUUCGAGAGCACGGAUAUAAUGGCGCGAGCCAGCAGUAAGACAGGGCGAGAUUGGCUGGAGACAAUGUUGUCUGACACCAACCUCAUCAACAGACACGUUGAAUACACCCCUGCUGCUAUCACUCACUUCGUUCUCGCAGCCAAGAGGCGCGACCCAAUCCCCAGCCAAGGACGCACGCCGUCACGAUGCCGCGGACCCAGCCUUAUCCCGAACAGCGCUCUCUCCACCCCUACGCCCUCCCUCUUGGUUUGACUAUAAAACAUCCCAUUUGACGUUGCAUUCUCACAGUCGGUGAGGAUGGCCACCUGUACGAGACCGAAAACUCAGGCUAAUACGUGUAUUGUCCCAGUGACCCUGUGUGUUCAUCUCCUUUGCGAAAUGGAAAUAUUUGCGAAGACUCUAAGCACGGAAAAAACGUACAAAAUGUAAGUUGACCGUAAUGAUUGGUGGAUUGCGUGCGGGGACGCUGGCAUUAUCGAAAUGAUUAUGAGACAGAGAGUCAAGUAAAUGAGAGCCCAGGGAAUAAUAAUCGCUUAUACGGGAAUCCCAGUGUCUGUUGUAGCACGUGAGUGAGAGCAGAGAGGUUUCUUGGGAGAAAAUAUCGCGUUCAAGGAAUGGGGAUGGAUGUGGGUGGGACUAGGUCACCCUGCCGCGAAGCGUACAUACGUAUCCCAUCUGCAAUAGAAGCGAAGUGUCGAGUCCCAGGAAGCAUUAUUGAAGGAGACACGAUCGAUGGGACAUGAGCUUUAUUAGCCCGACGUUUCGGAUUCCUGCUUGAACCCAGCAUCACAGACGAUAGCAGAUACAUGUGGUUCAUGCACAAUGGGCUGCAGUAUUUAUAGGAUGCAGUCGCCAUGUUACCGCAAACCUAUGAACAACUCUCCCUUCAUAGGGGAUCGUUGUACUUGGUGUGAUGACUGCUCGACCAUAUGAUCCACCGAACCUGGCGUUUGGAUAAGCGUUCACCCGUGCGCUUCCCGCGUGGCUAUUUACUCCGCCCAGGCGAAGUCUCAGCACCGAGUAUGGAACGGGAAUUUCAUUGCACUUGUUAUUGGACUGGGGGCCAGUAAACCAUGACUCAAGCAGCUCCGGGCUCACGUGGUUGCCAUCUCUUGCGGGAAUUUCGGCCUCGUCGAAUUUGAAUGUUUGGCCGGAUCUCGUCGAAUGAGCCGCAACUUGAGAGUUGGCGUAAUUUCUCCGCACCGUUACAGCGUGUUCGGCCAUUCUCGUUCGGAGUUGUCUUCCAGUUUCUCCGACGGAGUUGCCUCGUCCGCAACUGCACCAGAUCCGAUAAACGAUUCCAGACGUUUCUUGUUAUGGCAGCGGGUCUUUCUGUUUCAUAACCUGACGCCUGGUGAUUGCCUCCGGUCUGUGUGCAACUCCAACCCCAAGUGGUGCGAGAAGGCGGCCUAUAGCGUCCGAAACGUUCUUGACAUACGGAAAGGCUCGCCAACAUUUGGUGUCCGUGCGGUUAGGUCUUCCAUCCCUUUUGCGUAUGCACCGGUUGACUAAGUUGAGUGGGUAGCCAUUGGCUUUGAAGACCCGUCGGUGGUAUUGUAGUUCGGCAACCUUGUCUUCCGGCUCACUGCAGUGUGUUUGGACACGCCGAUAGAGCAUCCUUACACAACUGCUGUUGUGGCUGAUUGAGUGGUUGCUGUUGAAGUUCAGUACUUGUAUCGUAUUUGUCGCUUUCCUGAACACUUUAACUUUUAGUACAUCACAAUCUUUGCGGCAUACAAGGACAUCCUGGAAGGCCAGCUGGUUGUUUUCUUCCCCUUCCAUCGUAAAUUGUAUGUCCGGGAAGACCUCAUUGAGAUGUUCCUUGAAUGCCAGCAGCUGAUCCCGGUCGAUAACGACGAAGGUAUCAUCCACAUACCGUGCCCAGAAUUUCGGUCUGUGGUGUUGGAAGACCAGCGAUUCUAACCGUUACAGAACCGCCUCGGAGGUAAAUCCCGAAAUCGGCGAACCCAUUGGUGUGCCCGCCACCUGUUCGUAGAUUGUCCCGUCGAACGUGAAGUACGUCCUGAGAGAGAACUUCCGGAGUUGAAGGACUUGGGCUUGUCCAAGACGAUUCUCCGUAUCACAGUCGUCGUUGAUUACCAGUUUAAGCGAGAAUUUCCAGAAAAGGAUGGGAACAAGUAGGAGCACCUCAACCUCCCGAGAGACAAACGUCUUAAAAUUAUUACCAAUCCCUGAGCUCGGUGAUGUUUAGGUGGACCUGGUGGUACCGACAAGAACAAAGGAAACCGAAAUAGCUACGUCCGGCCCUUUAGAUAUCAUCAGCCAGUCAUACCGCAAGACAGAAUGGGACGAUCGCGUUCCGUAAUCUGAUCGGUGGGCGUCUAUUCACCAUAAUUGUCCAUAUUUGUUUAAAAGUCAAUUUGGCGAUUGUACGUGUCCUUCCGAUUGAUUCUCUUCAGACCUGUACAUUUAUAUGGCUAUAAAAAUAAUGAAUUAAAAUAUGCGGAGAAAUAGAUAAUUGGAAGGCGAGGUGGCGAGCAUACGUAGCUUUCGAUAAAUUCUCGUCGGGCCAGUACAAUUAUAUAGGAAGGGGGUUGAAGUAAAAACACGUCAGUGAUAUUACCCCCCACCCCCCCCCCCCUCCACCACAUUCCCACACCCAGCCUGUGUUUUAAGGCGAACUUUAAUCGAUUUAUCUUGGCACUGUCGUGUUUUUACUUCUACCCCCUUGCCGUUUAAUUGUACUGGUCCGACGAGACUUUACCGAAAGCUACGUAUGCUCGCCACCUCGCCUUCUGAUUAUCGCUAUGGGAAUUUUCGCAUCUCUAAAACAGUCCAAAUAUCCCACGGUGUUGAGGGCACUCAAUGGGUACCUACGUCUCAACAUCAAGCUUGUGAAGACGAAAGCAAUGGCCAAGUUUAUCGGGGAAUGCAUUCAGAGAAACAAAUAUCCAAGCCACUACUGGAGAGCGCUGAGGCGUAGCCUUACCGUCCUUGCCACAGAAACCCUGAAAAGAUACGCUGAGAAGCAACUGGAAAGUACCCUCUUAAAGAUAGAAGAACUGAAGCGUCACGUGUGUCAACGCACAGCCGUUCUAGUCAGCCUGACAGACGAAAAAAGACAAGAAUUCGACAGCUACACUCAAUCCAUAGGAAGAAAACGCGGAGAGGCAAGAAGUUCUGCGCUUCUUAGAAGUGUACGUGAGAUGAAACCAAAAUCACGGUUUCCAAAAGAUCCAGGUAGAUACGUACACAAUCACUUUCAUAUGAUAACUGAUAAAGCAUCGUUUGAGGUAUUAUUCCUCGGUCCUAAGUUUUUUAUACCUCGUCGAAAAGUUAAUCAGUUAGAAUUUGAAACUCAGUUCGAGAAGCUAUGGAACCAAACCCAUGAUCUAGUACCCGCUUCCACAGACAGUAUCCAACACUUUAAAUCAACACUGGUGAAUUGCAGUUAUCAGUAACUGAACAAGGGGCCAAAGUGUCGGGGAUUGCUGACAAAAGCACAUGUGCAAAAGUUAAAAGAACAUUGAGAAAACAAAGAUAUUAUGGUAAUUAAACUGGACAAAAGAACAGUCAUCGUUAUGAUGAAAAGAUCGGACUACGUAGCGAAGAUACAGUCCAUACUAUCAGACCAGCAGAAAUUCAAGAAGGUAGGCAAAGAAGAAGAUUGUACGGAUGAAGUAGAGGCGAAACUGACUGACUGUCUAAGACGGCUCCACACAGCGGGUUACAUAAGGGACCGUGACCCCGAACACCGACCAGUCGGCACACAUGUCCCUCGACUAUAUGGUCUACCUAAAAUCCAUAAGGAAGGCCUGCCAGUCCGUCCGAUCUUAGACAUGCGAAACUCGCCAUAUCAUGCGAUAGCAAAGUGGUUAGCAGAGAAACUCAAGCCUCUACAGCAUCAACUAGCGCCACGCAGCUAUCGAGAUACCGUUGAAUUCAUUAACGACAUUAAAGACCUUAACCUCAACGGCAUGAUGAUGUUCUCGCUGGACGUCUCAUCACUUUUUACAAACGUUUCCGUUACCGAGACAGUUGAUUACAUCUGUGAAUUUCUAUAAACCAAUAAGCAGGAAAUAGGAAUUCCGACGAAGACACUCAGGGAACUACUAUUAAGAUGCACAUUAAAUGUGCAGUUCCUUUCUGACAACCAACUCUAUUGACAAAUAGACGGCGUUGUUAUGGGCUCGCCUCUUGGACCACUCCUAGCCGAUGUCUUCAUGGGCAAAUUGGAGAAAUUCCAACUAAGCGAUCAGAUCGAAAAACUUAAAUAUUAUGGUCGAUGAUAUCUUUGCAAUUGCUACAGCAGAAACCGACGCAGAUGCUCUCUUAAAUGCUGUAAAUCAGGCACAUUCCUCUAUAAAAUUCAUGUUGGAGGUGGAAACGACCGGUCCGCUCCCUUUCUUAGAUGUUCUUCUAAGCAGGAGAGCUGACGGGAGUGUCCGAAGAAGCGUCCACCGAAAGAAAACCUGGGCUGGACGAUACACAAACUUCGCUAGUUUCAUACCCCUACAACAGAAACAAAACUUAAUUUGAUGAUUGGCACAAAGGGCUAGAAAAAUUUGCUCAACAUAUAGCAUUGAGGAGGAACUUAAAAUAAUCCAGGACUUCCUUCGUAUGAACGGGUAUCCGGACGGGUUCAUUUCAAAGAAUAUGGCCGAACGACCGGUAAAACCCGCCACACAACUGGCUGAAAAGAAAACUCUGUUCUUAAAGUCCCUUUUCAAGGGGACGCUGCGAGUGAACUCCUAAAGAGACGCCUUGAUCAACCUGUUGCGCGAACCUUCCCAGCGGCAAGGGUUCAAGUAUCCUUCUUUACUAAUCCUAUUUGACGCGGAGAAGGUAAGGAUAAGUUGCCACCCCAGACCACUUCAGUGUGCAUCUAUUUCUUCACUUGCUCCUGUGGAACAGGUUAUAUUGGUCGCACGAGUCGGCGCUUAUCCAAGAGAAUACGGGAACACCUCCUGGCAUGGCUGGGAAAAGGCGAAACUAGGAGCAUAAGCAGCGCCAUUCUCGCGUAUGUUGUCGAUUCCGGACAUCAUGUAGACCCCAAUGAAGCGUGAUCUAUAGCGUCCCAUCGAGCUACCCUAAACUACCGGGCCAGCGCCUGUUGGCAACAGCAGAGGCAGCCGCCAUCGGGUUGCGAAAGCCCAUCUUGUGCGCACAGAAGAACCACGUUCAGGCUCCGCGCCUACAGUGGUCGAAGGUGGACUAACUACAUGAAACUCUGUACGCCCCUCCGCUCUCACCCCACCCCUGACACUGACUGCGAUUAUCCCCCCCCCCCCCCCACAUUUUCACACCCACCCUGUGCUUUAAGGCGAACUUUAAUCGAUUUAUCUUAGCGCUGACGUGUUUUUACUUCUACCCCCUUCCCAUAUAAUUGCACUGGCCGGACGAGAAUUUAUCGAAAGCCACGUAUGCUCGUCACCUCGCCUUCUCAUUACUGCUAUGGGAAUUUUCGUAACUCUAAAAUAGAUAAUUAUGCUGUAACUUGAGUUUUUUCUUGGGGUGGAGGGUGGGAGAGGCAGACAUCAAAAUCCCAGUUCGCGCCAGGGGUAUGGUGGGCACUGGGACAGGUAAUUAUAUGCGGGUAACUGGAUGGUGGCUUUGGACCAUGGCAACUGUGGAACCUGUAUGAAGUUCUUUUGUGUUUAUAGGACCGGUUUGCGUUACCUGAUUGCAGCCGCCUCUGCCGUAACCAACAGAUACUGCCAAAGUAGUUUUGGAUAGCCUGACAGAAUCUCUUAAAUCACCCUGAAGGCCUCUCUGGCGUCUACACGGUGGUCUGUGUCUGCCAUAUGCGCGAGGAUAGAGCUGUUAACGUCCUUUAUUUGACUCAUCCCUAACUUUGCUGGAAGAGGUUCUCUUAUUCUUCUGAGCAAACACCGAUUCGUAGGACCAAUAUUUUCUGCUUCACAGGAGUAGACGAAGGGGUAAAUACAUCGAUGGGCAGGUAGUUUGUCCUUGCCCUCUCCGUAUAGAAUGAAACCAGUGGAGAACAGUGCAGGGGUGUCAGCUGCCGGGAGGGUGCGUGAUACAUCUGCAUAAAAGUUUACUUGACUUGUCUCCUUGAAACGGGACCAUGGCGGAACCAAUGCUAGUCACUCAAGCAAAGUAUAUUUAAUGUAUCAGGGUCGCCUACUUGGCACUGUUACAUCAGCAAGAUUCCCCUACCACGAGAUGCUUGAUACAUAAGUGGCAAUGCCUGGACUUCAUAACACAGGUCUCAUCAACUCUGGUCACUGUAUGUCUAAGGAGUUCAUGGUCUCACUAGUGACAUCGGACCUGUACACUGUGCGCCACAAAAUCCGACAUUCGGACUCCAUAAUGUUCUUAACUGGACCAACACCGGUCUACUUUAAUAGCGAUGACCACUAUAGUUGCAACACGGCCUCUGCUUAUUGCAGGACACAAAGGAUGGUAGUGCUGGAUACUUGCAGAAUUACAUUGAGGUUAAAGGCAGAUCCGCCUACCUAUGGAGUGGCAUCUCAGGCAAGUUUAUGAUUGGGAACAAAAAUAAGAUGUCGAGCGUCUAAAUUCAGUCAGGUCAUCAGCGGGCAACCAGAGAAUCCAAAAUCGCCGCCACCUAACCAGAACUUUUAUCCUGACUACCCCCUUGAAUCUUUUUGCUCCUGACUACUCUUUUCAGCACUUUGUCGAAGAUUUUACCAAGAUCAAGAUAGACAGCAACCAACAAAUGAUUUUCAUCACUAUCGACAAGCCCUACAUGCGCAGCUUGCGUUUCAAAGGUAAGGAAGUGUUUGCUUUUACUUCGGUAUUCUUCGACAAUUAGUAUAUAUUUUCGACUGACUCCUUUAAACAAAAAGCCCUACUUUUUAACUGUUAUGUACAAUUAAUUUCCGUCUGAUUAGUCAUGAUAAAGCGUCUGAUAAUUUUAGUUGCAUUUGGCGUCACACCGGUAUUUAUGAGUCAUGGCAUACCAUUGUUUUUAUUCACUACCUAAAGUUACUGCAAUAAAAUUAAGUUUAUAUCGCCCACGAACCGACCGUAGAAGUCGAGGUCAUAAAUGGUAUCAUGUAACCUUGUCUUCUUAACUUUCCCCAUGAAAACAUUUGCGAGGAACGGACCAGGCGUUGAUACUAACCACCCUAUUGGCAUGCCAGCGAAAACGCUAAAAGAAUUACUGACGCGCUGUACCCAAAAUGUUCAGUUUCUCUGCUGUGGUUAACUAUAUAGGCAAAUAAGUGGCGUGGCAGUGGGCUCACCGCUUGAUCCGUUACUCGAAAAUGCUUUCAUUGACGAAGUCGAGAGAGCAAUGUUACAAAUUACAUGUAUAUUUUGCCAACAUUUUGAUUUCUGCAAACCGAGGGACAUUUUUCUGUCAUAAAAAAGCCGACCUCAUACUCAUCAGACCAUUAUUAACGAGAGCUAUCUUUGACGAAAUCGGGUUUCGCAGACGUGCUUUUUCGAUUAUUCCUCGUCAGACCUGUACAGCGAUAUGAAUAUGUUGGAGUAGAACAAAACAACUGACAACAGCUCAUGAACAGUACUCAUGGGGGAGAAGGUCAAGGGAGUUCAGGCAUGCCAUAUCCAGGAAUUAGUUCUAAACAUUUGGGGGAAGGAGAGAAGAGAAAGGAAACUGGCAGGAUGCGGGAACGAAUAUGAAGGACUUAACUAUGGCCAGGGUAGCCUCAUCAAUUUAAUUAACUCCCACUGCAAAAAGAAGAUUGGGCUGGCUAGCAGUAUGGACACGGCCUCCACCGUCGCAGGUAUCCGCAGUCGUAGGAACAUAGAGAGACUCUCCAGCAACGUGAAGGUGAAAUCAUAUGCUUGGUUAACGACCACCACCUGACCGCUUAUAACUGAGUGCUGGGAUGGAUGCCUUACCGCAUGAUCUAUAUAACCUACAAAACAGAGGAGGGUAAAAGCGGAACGCAGAUGAUCUAAUUAAUUAAACGUUAAAAGAAAUAUUGAAAUGAAAUUUCAGUCCCACGAUACUACUUAAACAUGGUUGUAUUAUUGAACAUAGCGCAGAAAAAUCCCAUGAUAAUUCAGUAAAUUCAGGAUGACGGCUUUCGAACGAACAUAAUUCCGGCCGUUUUAAAAAGCACAUGGCAAUCUAAAAAUGACUACUUGUGUAGUAUAAAAACUCAUCGAGGAUAUUCGGUGCCCUUAAAGAUUCGAAGAUGUUUUAUAGAAAUUGCGCGCGAAAAUACUCCUCAAUGGAGGCUUUUAAUAAAAAAACUGACACAUCUAUGAUACUUUACCUGAAUGGAGAGCAAAUUCUGGUAUUAAAAAACUUUCUCAGUUCCCCAAUAAUCCUUCGCACAAUCUAAAGUUACACCUGUGUUCAGGGACUCAAACAUACAAGUUCCAUACAUCCGGCAAAAACAUUAUCACGCAGACCACUCCGCUUUCGGGUUGAGGUGAAAUAGCUCUCAGAAAAUUGUGCAAUGCAUUCCAGUUAACGGAAAAAAAUCCAUAUAAAAAGAACUACCUGUGUAUAUAAAAUUUCCGCGUUGAAUUUCGGUACCCCUAGUAGAUUAAAAGAUGGCUAAUACAAAUGUUGAAAGAAAAUACACCAACUUGACAGCUUAUCAUAACAAACUGAUAAAUCGUCAAUAAUUAUUUACCUGGAAUGAGAGUAAAUUCUGGAACGGAGUAACUUUAUUAGUCCCUCAAAGGAUUUUUGCCCAAUCUACAGGUACACCUGAGUUCAGGGUUUCAAACCUACACUUUCUAUACUUUCCGUCAAUAGAUUAUCACCUAUAUCCAUCCCCUGUUACGUAGAGGUCAUAUAGCACUCAGAAAAUCGUGCAAUGCAUUUGCACCAGAUUGUAUACUUCACAGGCAACAUUGGUGAAGCUCUUUCAACGCCCGUCACAGAGUCUUGAAUGAAGUCCUAAUUUGAAACUUUUGCAAAACCCGAAGCUACAAUUUCUUUUAGCACAGCAAUUGAAGAGGACAUAAUUUGCUAUGAACUAUAGUAGAUGUGCUACCUCAUGAUAUGUUGACCGAAAUGAUGACAUGCGAUUUCGACUCGAAAAGAUUACUUAAGUUUCGUUGUAACAGUAGUCACCAUGCAGCAUAAUCCCAUGAUAAUUGGCUUACUUCAGGAUGCCGGCUUUCGACCGAACCUCUUUUCGACCGUUUGAAAAUACAAAUGACACUAUAAAAAUAACUACUUGUGUAGUAUAAAAUUUCCUCGUUUAUUUUCUGUGCCGUAAUAAAUUCAAUCAUGUCGUAUAGAAAGUGCGCGCAAAAAUACUCCUUCUUGUAGUUUUUAAGAACAAACUGCUUCUUCUUUCAUUUUUUACUUGUGUGGAGAGUAUAUAAUGGUUUUAAAAACUUUCUCAGUACCCGACUAAUAUUUUGCCCAAUCUACCGGUACACCUGUGUUCAGGGUUUCCAACCUCCACUUUCUAUACAUACCGUCAAUAGAUUGUCACCUAUAUCCAUCACUCAUCUCUUAGGUAGAGGUCAUAAAUCUCUCAGAAAAUAGUGCAAUGCAUUUGCACCAGGUUGUAUUCCUCACAGGCAAAAUUGAUGACGCUGUGUGAACGCACUUUUUCGAGUCUUGAAAACAGUCGGCAUUUGAAACUUUUUCAAAACCCGUAAUUACAAUUAUUUUUAGCUUACAAAUAGAUGAGGACAUAAUUUUCUAUGAAAUAUAGUAGAUGUGCUACCUAAUGAAAUGUUGACAGAAAAUAUGGAAUGCUUUAUCGAAUCGAGAAGAUGAAUUUAGUUGUAUCAUUAAGCAGCACGCAGCAUAAUGACAUGAUAAUUCAGAUACUUCAGGAGGCGGGCUUUCGAUGAAAAUUCUUUCUGGCCGUUUGAAAAAUCAAAUGACUUAUAAAAAACUAUAUGUGUAGUAUAAAAUUUUCUCGUUGAUUUUCGCUGCCAUCACAAUUUCAAUUUUGUCUUAUAGAAACUGUCCGGGCGUUAAUGCUCCUUCUUGUAGGCUUAUAAUAACAAAAUGAUUCUUCUUCAAUUUUUUUACUUGAGCAUACUCUGUUUUUAAUAAAAUUUCUCAGCUCCCAAAUAAUAAUUGCCCCAUCUACGGCUACAACUUUUUUCAGGGUUUCCAACCUACACGUUCUCUACAUCCCGUCAAUAGAUUGUCAUGCACAUCGCUCCUCGCCUUGGUAGAUGUCAUGUAACUCUCAGAAAAUAGUGCACUGCAUAUGCACCAGGUUGUAUACUUCACAGGCUACAUUGAUUAGUCUGUGUGAACGCACGUUUCAGAGUCUUGAAAAACGUCCUAAUAUGAAUCUUUUUCAAAACCCGAAGAUACAAUUUCAUUUAGCACAAAAAAUUCGGGAGGACAUAAUUUGCUAUGAAAUAUAGUAGAUGUGCUAACUCGUGAUAUGUUGACUGAAAAUAUGAAAUGCGUUUUCGACUCGAGAAGAUAACUUAAGUUUACUUGUUAAAUUAAUCAGCACGCAGCAUAGUCCCAUUAUUAUUCACUUACUUCAGGAUGCCAGAUUUCAAACGAUAUUACUUUCGGCCAUAUGAAAAUACAAAUGACACAAAAAAUGACUACAUGUUUAGAAGAAAUAUUCCUUUUUGAUUUUCGGUGCCCUAACAGAUUAAAUUCGGUCGUAUAGAAAGUGCGCGCGCGAAAGUACUCCUUAUUUUAGACGUUUCAUAAGAAGGUGAUUCUUCUUUAAUUUUUUUCUUUAGGGGAGAGUAUACUCUGGUGUUAAAAAACUUCCUCAGUUCCCCAAUAACUUUUUGCCCAAUCUACAGGUACACCUGAGUUCAGGGUUUCAAACCUACACUUUCUAUACUUUCCGUCAAUAGAUUAUCACCUAUAUCCAUCCCCUGUUACGUAGAGGUCAUAUAGCACUCAGAAAAUCGUGCAAUGCAUUUGCACCAGAUUGUAUACUUCACAGGCAACAUUGGUGAAGCUCUUUCAACGCCCGUCACAGAGUCUUGAAUGAAGUCCUAAUUUGAAACUUUUGCAAAACCCGAAGCUACAAUUUCUUUUAGCACAGCAAUUGAAGAGGACAUAAUUUGCUAUGAACUAUAGUAGAUGUGCUACCUCAUGAUAUGUUGACCGAAAUGAUGACAUGCGAUUUCGACUCGAAAAGAUUACUUAAGUUUCGUUGUAACAGUAGUCACCAUGCAGCAUAAUCCCAUGAUAAUUGGCUUACUUCAGGAUGCCGGCUUUCGACCGAACCUCUUUUCGACCGUUUGAAAAUACAAAUGACACUAUAAAAAUAACUACUUGUGUAGUAUAAAAUUUCCUCGUUUAUUUUCUGUGCCGUAAUAAAUUCAAUCAUGUCGUAUAGAAAGUGCGCGCAAAAAUACUCCUUCUUGUAGUUUUUAAGAACAAACUGCUUCUUCUUUCAUUUUUUACUUGUGUGGAGAGUAUAUAAUGGUUUUAAAAACUUUCUCAGUACCCGACUAAUUUUUUGCCCAAUCUACCGGUACACCUGUGUUCAGGGUUUCCAACCUCCACUUUCUAUACAUACCGUCAAUAGAUUGUCACCUAUAUCCAUCACUCAUCUCUUAGGUAGAGGUCAUAAAUCUCUCAGAAAAUAGUGCAAUGCAUUUGCACCAGGUUGUAUUCCUCACAGGCAAAAUUGAUGACGCUGUGUGAACGCACUUUUUCGAGUCUUGAAAAUAGUCGGCAUUUGAAAGUUUUUCAGAACCCGUAGACAAGAUUUAUUUUAGCAUAACAAUGAAAGGGAAUUUUCUUUGCUAUGAAAUGUAGUAGUUUUGCUACUUCAUGAAGUGCUGACUGUUAUUGUGAUAUGCUUUUUCCGCUCAAAAUCGUUACUUAAGUUUAUUGGUAAAAUUGUUUACCAUGUAGCGUAAUCCCAUGAUAAUUCAUUUAUUCAGGAUGCCGGAUAUCGAAGAAUCUGUUUAAAGUCGGCUUGAUUCUAUGAGAAUAUAUUAAAUAACUGCCUGUUUUGCGUUAAUGUCCUUUCUGAAUUUUGUUGUAGUACUACAAUCAGUUAUGUCUUUUAAAUGUGCGCACGCGAAAUUAAUCCCACUUGUAGGCUUUUACUAACAAACUGCUUCGGCCUCUUAAUUUUUUUUACUUGACAUGUGGAGAGUAUGUUCUGGUUUAAGAAAAAACUCUCUCAGUUCCCUAAUAAUUUUUUGCCCAGUCUACCGGUACAACUCUUUUCAGUGUUUCCACCCUACAAGUUCUAUACUUCCGGUAAAUAGAUUAUCACUAUUAUCCCUCCUCUUUUAUGUAGAUAUCUUAUAGCCUUCAGAAAAUCGUCCAAUGCGUUUGGACCAGGUUGUAUACUUCACAGGCUACAUUGAUUAGUCUGUGUGAACGCAAGUUUCAGAGUCUUGAAAAACGUCCUAAUUUGAAUCUUUUUCAAAACCCGAAGAUACAAUUUCUUUUAGCAUAGCAAUUGAAAAUGACAUAAUUUCCAAUGUAAUAUAGUAGAUGUGCUACUUCUUGAUGUGUUAACUGAAGUUAUCAAAUGCCUUUUGUGCUCGAAAAGAUUACUUGAGCUUAAUUUUACCAUUAAUCACCAUCCAGCAAAAUCUUAUGAUAAUUCACUUACUUCAUGAUGCCGUCUUUCGAACUUAUUUCUUUCCAGCCGCCUGCGAAUCAAACGCUUUCUAUUAGAUAAGUACUUAUAUUUUAUGACUUUUUCUCAUUGUCUUUCGAUGCCCUUCUCAAUUCAAUUAUAUUUCAUAUAGUAUAUUCCUGAUAAUAUUAAUUGCUUUCAGACGCAAGCUCGUCGAUGAAGUUGCUGAAGGUGCUAUUUCCGUUUUUCUUUGGGACUCAUACUAGUGCCGUCGCAGUCAGUCGCUCAGCAACUAUUUUUGGUAGUAAUUGAGCUGGUUCUGUCAGAGACAACUGAGACCGGAACGGCCACUUAUUGUUUAUUAUCCGUCGUCAGGUGGUCCCACUCUUCCCCAAUUGUGGGUCACCUGAGAUUUGAACCUGGUAUGUUCUGUCAUGUAGUUUUUCACUCUACCAUUGAGCUGCGUGUCCGCUUUCUUUUCGUUUUUGAUCGGGAAUAUCAAUUUGACAGAUGAGCGCUCACCGAUCAGGCUGCGAAACUUGCUCAUUCCGGCAACGGGUCACUGGCUCAGUGAUGGAAUGCUAAACUCCAUGUCCAACAGUCCGGGUUCAAAUGUCAAUUGGUCCAAGCUUGUGGUUUUGUAUGUGUGACUGAUGACGGCUAACAAGCCGGAAAUGGCCAUUCCGGUCUCCUUUGUCUUUGUCAAUACCAUCUCACAAAAUUGUUCAUUCUUUUGCUUAUUCGGUAGCAAAUUAAGUCACCUCAAAUGUUAUUCGUGAAGUAAGGGUAUAAUUAGGUUUCAAAAUAAUUUCUAAUUGUUGUAUUUUUUGACCGUGAAAUGCCCGUUCAUAAAACAUCAUGGCUCUGCAUUUACCAACGUUGCUUGUUAAGUUUACAAUAUGGCUGAAAUCGAUUCCUAACUGUGGUCUCCUCUUAAUAGCGUAUAGAAAUUUAUGAUUUUCCGUACACGGAAAAUUUUCUGCUUGCAGUGUGGGAAACCUGAAUGCAAGUGUAACGGCAGGUCGACCUGAAAAUUAUUCGGGAAUGGGAAAGGUGUUUCAGAACGGAAUCAUACCCUUCCUUCAAGCACAAAAUUUGGAGAAGCCGCAACUUUCUACUGAUUGAGCUGAGAAAUUAAUAUUUUUUGCAUGUUUCCUUUAAAAAUAUGUUUGGAUUUGCAUGGACAUUGGCAAUCAAAGAGAAAAACUCAUGCUACUUUAGUAGUCGUUAUUGCUGAGCGUAGUUUUCGCACGCGACCGGAGAGAUAGUUGUCAAAAUUUGGCACCCUGGAGUAACUGAAUUAUCAUAGAAGUAUGCUGCACAGUGAUUAAUAUUACAACCUUACUAAAGAAAUCUUUUCGAGUCAAAAACGUGUUUCAGAAUUUCGGCUAGCAUUUAACGAGUGAGCACAUAAACGGUGUAUAUAAAAAACCGUGUUUCUAUGCACGUUUUCCAUAAAAUAUGAUUAAAUUUACAAGAGCAUCGAAAACUAAUAUGAAAAUUUCAUAUCACAUAGGCAGCCAUUUUUGUAGAGUUUCGUUUUUGCAGUCGAUCAUAAGAAACUCGUUCGAAUGCCAGCGUUCAGUCUUGAUUGAAAUAUCUUGAUAUUCUUUUGCAAAAUAAUUGAUAUCCUCACCCUGCGUAAUUAAACUUUUUCCACCCUGGGGUGUCGUAAACACCCUAAAUAGGUUAUGCGAUAAAUUCUUUGCUACUAACGCUCAAAGCUAUUAAGGAACUCGUGUUUCAUACUCAUGAGAACAUAUUUUAUCUUCUACCUUCUGAAAAAUAUUUGGCGAUUUUUCCCCCUUACGCACAAAGUAGCUGAUUUCUUAAUUAGUAUGUUCGUGUUAUUCGAUGAAGUCGUCUGAUGAUAACGCCGACGAGCCUCCGAAUGAGCUGAAUAUUUGCGAUAACUGGGUCACAAAAAUAUCGGCAAAUCUUCAAGGCCAACCAUAACGAUGUGCCUGGUCGUUCAUGUUAACAUCUCAACGGAAGCACUGCAAGGCAAACAAGGGAGAGUGGCGUACCCAGAACUGUGCCGAAAAAUAUGCCACUCGCGAUCGCAUGUGGCAUCGAGUAUUAAUUGACAUCUAUGACCUCGUAAUGGUUGGAUGAGUAGGACCCGAUAAAGUCUAGCAGAGGAGGUCGGAUGUCGCGAGCUUCCAGUUUUACUAAAAGACAUUUAUGCGGCACCUUUUCGAAGACUUUGCUAAGAUAGAAGUAGAUAACAACCAACGAAUGAUGAUCAUUACUGCCGACAAGCUCUACAAGCACUGCUUGAUUUUCUAAGGCAACAUGGGCUUGCUUUUACUUCGGAAUUCCUUGACAAUAAGUAUAUAUUUUCGGCUCAUUCUUUUAAACAAAUGGCCAUGCUUGAUAACUGGUACGUACAAUUAGUUUCCGUCUAAUAAGUCUUUACAAAGUGUCCGAUAAUUUUACCUGCAUUUGGCAACACUCGUGUCAUACUAUUGUUUGUACCUAUUUUCUGUUUUACUGCAAUAUUUACCAUAGUAAACAUACACUUAUAUCACCCAAGAACCGACCGUAGAAGUCGAGGUCAUGAAUGGUAUCCUGUAACCUUGACUUAUUGACUUUCCCCAUAAAAAUACUUGCGAGGAAUGGAUCAGGCGUUGAUACGAACUACCCUACGGGCAUGCCAGUGAAAAUGCUAAAAGAACUAAGGACAUACUGUACCCAAAAUGCCCAAUUUCUCUGCUGUGGUCAACUUUAUAGACAAAUAGGCGGCGUGGCAAUGGGCUCACCGUUUGGUCUGUUGCUUGCAAAUGUUUUCAUGUGCGGUUCAAGAAGGCAAGGUCACAAGAUACUUUUAUAUUUUGCUAACAUUUCGAUUUGUUUAAGUCAAAAGAUUUUUUGUCUGGUAGUUUCAGAUCGCUCGCAGUAGACCAGAUAAAUAAUAAAGACUUGCGACGUCCCCACCUUCUUUGGGUGCUUGAAUCGUUGCUAGAGAUAAAGCGGCUACCUAUGUGGCUUCACGCUCUUCUCGAGGCCUGGUAAAUUGCAAAAUCCCUUUGAUCCACACCAAAUGCCUGGAUCCUUUGUCUGUUCAAGAAUACGACGCAGCCAGCGGCAAUAGAACACCGUCAGUCGGAAGAUUAGAGCAAUUGCUAUACGAUUAAAUGACUGUUACGUCGGAAACUCUACCCAGUGAACUUAAAUACCCAUUGACCAGUUAACUCCGAAGCUGAUUAUCGAAUAAGGCUUAAGCGUAAUUAGAUACCGCAGAAUACUCCUAAUCACCUCUCUUCUGUUGAGGGUGUGUACUUUUUCCUGGAAUGUUAAAAUUUAGGAUUUAUGGUCGCCCAUGUCAAACGACGACGUCCUCCCAUCUGCAACGCCCUAGCAUCAGUCAUUCUCUUCCUUUUGGUCAAAGUUGAUAUCCUUUUGCCUAGGAAGAUGUGACAAGAGAAUUCUGCCAUUGAUGACUUUGUUAAAUUUUGCCCGACAUCAAGCCGAUGCAGAGAAAGUUGAAAAGUUUGAAUUCGACAGCAAUUCAUGUCAACCUCUACUGUACUGUUGAAUGAUUCGCUUUUAUCGUCCUCUGUGGCCUCACUAUCUCAUAAAUUGGAACGCUCUACAGGGAAAUUGCCUAUAAACGAUCUAAGGGAACUCCAACCUAACGAGGAAUUUGUGCACUCAAAACCUUACGCAGCCCACCAGUAACUACAUAUAAACCAAAAAAGAGGCUUAAUUCCAGGGUAAGCUUGGAGUGUAGUUUCUGCCAUGGGCAUUGAAGAAGUCUACUUUCUGAAAGAAAACUUUCCAUUCAUUGACUCUCGCUACUCUAACAAACAGCUUCCCAAAAAUACAUCGUAAGCUGUCCCCAAAUUUUUCGCGAGGCUGUUAAGCGUGUUAGGCCAAUAUUCCUGACUAGGAAUGACGUUACCGCUUCAAUUAAAACAGUGAGCCCAUCGCCCUCCAGCAUAGUUUAAUCACAGUCGCGAACCCAGUUGAAUGCGCCUGCCAAUUCGCUUAGCCUUCAAUGUUAUACUGAUUGGAAUACGAUGCCGUAUCCAACUUAUGGGUGUGUCGAUUUGGUGUGAUAGGACAGAGGUUCCCAAACCAGAAGUCAGAGAAAACGGAUUAGGUUGGACAACUUUCACUGCUGAGGAGGUGCGUACACAAGGAAGAUUUAGCCAGCUAGCGGCAAUGCCCCUUCGUCCUAUCCAUAAUUUUCUGCACGAAGUCCUACCCUUCCAUACCGAUAUCGGGCGUUUCCAAUGCCAUAAAAUAUUUUUCAGAACCGGAUAGGACCAUCCAAUCCCUUUGUUUCGUGGACAGUCAAGCACUGGAUGGCUUAACCGCCUCCCCUCACAAACCCACAGUUAACCCUCUAUAACUGUUCGCUCUAAGUGUCAGGUCUUUAAUGAAUAGCAUGCCCUUUAUUCCGGCCCUCGUCUGGAUACUGUUCUUGUAAGAGAGGCACGGGCAACCACUUCCGUAGCUGGCCCCGAACCCGUACUCUCUCCUAGGCUGUAGUUGCAUUUUAAAUUGUCUUUAAGACAGCUGUGGUGGGAGGACUGCUUCCCUAUUAAGCAAACAUUUGUACUUCUGCCGCUGGACCUUCCACACUUUGCCGUGGUAAAAGGUAGCUUUAGUUUCCUCAAAAAAUAAGUACGCUUUACUCGUUGGUUUUGUCGAUCACCCAUCUGAAGCCAAUGAGAAUUUCGAUAUGUGUCCUUUGCAGGCAGUUCAUGCCGCGGUAGAUCUAAUUUUUACGUAUCAUUUGAUUGCUUUUUAUUCCAGUCUUUCCGAAGUGUAUUGGUUUCUGCCUUAUUGUUCAAGACUCUACUCAAGGCCGUCGAUGUCUGCAGGUGGAAUCGGUUUGCCGGAUGUUUCUUACCCGAGAAUCAUGCCUCAUUAAGCAAAUUUUCUGCAGAAAUUGCCUGUUUUUAUCAGUGUCAUCUUUCGGUCCGCUCAAGUGAUCAGACCACGACACAAGUGUAUCUAAUCUAGGACUCGCAGUUUAUGAUAUUUAGCCCAACAAAUACAGUUUCCUCCUUGAUUUCCGACCAGUCCGUUCGGAAAAAUCACUGGCAUAUCAUAAUUCUCCUGAUUCGUCUGUUUUUCUCAAAUUUUGGAUGCGGAUGUUUAUCCUGCUAGACUUUUUCUCGUUUCGCUCACCGUAAUAAAAAAAAUCCGCGUAAAGAAUGAGGUUCUUCUUCCAUUGUUUUUCUGUCAUAGGCUGCGAAGGCUUACCGUUGCCUCCAUCGGCAAAAAAGGAGUUCCAAUGCCACCCUUGGCUCUCAGUGAAAAAACGGCCGGUCGAGGAGGUCAAGUCUGCGGAAACCGCUCGCUAAAUGCAGAGGAACUUUCUCUCGAAUAGAAAGAGCUCGCAGUAGAACGCAACAUCUCACGCACUGAACCUCCUUCAAGAAUGCCAUAACAGACGCCAAUUUGACCGCUGAUAGUUGUCAUGCUUCCUUGUCGACAGAGUUUAUUAAAAAUUCAACCCCCCCGCUUUUGGACCUCCAGGUUUAGACCGGUGUCGGUCUUCAAGACUGCAACGUUCAUUCUAGGACGGGAUCGUAUUCGUUCGACGUUUUCGUUAAUCUCAUUACCCUGGGCCUUUUGCCGUUCCGAUCAGAACUUUAAGAGCGAACGCAAAUGUGAUAUUUCCGCCCCUUCAGUGUAACAUAUUUAAUCUUGCUCUCGAAAGUGAAACCCAUGAAAUUUUAUGGAGGGAAUCACACAGUUUGCUUAUCCGCAAGCCCAGUCAGUCUACGUAACCAGACAUCUUUUGGUCAAAAACUCCCCUCAACAAUUCCUUAAAACAUCAGAGACAUUCAUCGAACAUAAGAUGACGACGACUUUUAACAAUCUAGGAAAAAAGGCCUCUUCCUUUACGCAAACUAGUUUGAUUUUUCGAAGGCAUUUGCUUAUGUUGAACAUUAUCUUCUCUUAAUGCUUUCAUUUUUCGUAAGAAAUAACACGUUUUGCAAUCUUAUAUCCUCUUGUUUUGGCUCUCACAUACAUUACCUUGAGAUUUCUGACAUUCUCCCCAUCCCUACGAAUGUAAAGGUCGCAGUCAUUCACGACAGUGUAUUUGGCCGCCUCCCAUCUUGUCCUUGUGUCCAUGACUUGCCAGACUUAUUUCAAGUUGGCGGACCUCUUGCAUAAGCUGGUGAUUUGAGAGUUGCAUAUCAAUGUAAGUUGGCAGAUUGGGACAUCUUGCCUGAACUCCAAAAGAGCGAUUUUCUGGCCUUUUUCAGUGGAGCUGUGCAUGGCAACUUUCUAUGUUCUGGCACCAAUGCUCAGUUAUAGUGGUUGGAGAUGGUCCUCAGCCUGAGAUAUAUAUUGACGGUCAUUACAAAAUAUUGCCUGGGACUAUUGGGGACCUGGGUAUAUCAACCUCCAAGAGUUUCAAUCAUUCUGAACACUUCGUCACGAUUGUCCCAAAGCACGCAGAAUGAUGGGAUUUAUCCACAGGCAUUACACAACUAAGGAUAUUAGACCGCAUUUAGCGUCCUGCGAGCUGUGGACAGUAAGGAAAUAUUUCUAAUUCAGCACCAUUUGCCGCAAGAGUUUUAACUUCCGAACGCUAAAAUAUAACGCAUCAAGAACUUUAGCGGUCUGAAAGCCUUUAUCUCUUUUUGUUUCGCCGAUUACAAAAAGGACUACUCGUUCUGCUUAGCUUUUCAAACAGCCGCACUUUGAUCUGCGUACUACUUUUGAACUCCUUCUCCCCCUUCUCGACGCAACGGUCAUAACGAUAUCAUCUUAUUUCUUCCCCCGAAACGCACCGUUUAACAUCGUGAACACAAUUUCAGUAUCGUAAAAUUAUACCAGGAUGUUUAUGUUCUUCACGGUAUUCUAUGCUUAAGAGAACUAACGUUCGUUUCUUGGAUUUAGAAAAAACAACAAUUUUUGGUGCCGAAUCGAACAAAUCUGGCUUCCGUAAUGAUGAAGUUCAUGAUUAUAAUGGCUCUGCCUUAUUUCAUUUUGAGGUAUUCGACAUGCUGCAUUGCGUGCUGACCCCGUGUACGUACCUUCGCGUCGGUAGGAGUUGUUCGAUCUCAACCUUCUAGUGCCCGUUGAAUUUUACUAGAGCAAAAUUGAGGCGGGAAAAACAUACGCAGUUAAUCGCCCGUUGGUCCGUAAAGAUGCGGUACCUAGCGUGUUUGUGUCUUCUGGUGAUACCAGCCAUUUUAUGCGAUGAUUUCCAAGAAGAGCUUCUAGUCAAAGAUCUUGGAAAUGGUUUGAGUGCAUUUCACUUCAAUUUUGUAACUCGUCAACCACACUAUGAAAGUGGAAGUAAGGCGUCUAUUUCUUUGUCUACUUCAGGCAAUAACUUCCACCUUUUUCCCAAAUCACUGCAUCAGAUUAUAUCCAAAUAUUUUGUGGAUGAAUUUAAGCUGUCUAUUGUGCAAGGGUUUUGGGACAGGGACGCCUGGGGCCCGCCCUUUGUUCAAGCAGUCAAUGGUGGUGCAGAAGUUUGGGCACUUUUUUCACCGAAGGCUACCGAGUAUUACCUCCUUUUCUUGUCAUUGAAGUCUUUAGCAUUGCAAAAUCAUGGUCAUUCUUCUUGGAGGCUCUCUCAGGCCAAUUUUGUGCUUCCUUGAGCCUCUUAGGUUUGCAUAAGAACUCUUUUUCUCUUCAGUGGUCACACCGACCGUCCGGGCUGUCAGAAAACUUUACCUCAGAUAAUUUCGCAAAGUACUUUCGAUACGGACAGCUGCCGCACGAGGAGCUUUGUACUGAGAACUUUACUCCGUGGGCCAAGCUCUUGCCGUGUAAAAAGCUGAUGGGACUUGCCAGUCUUCUCAAACCAAGAUCAAUAUUUAGAGCUCGAUAUAACUCCCUAAACAUUGAAGUUCGCCGUGUUUGCUCGGUAACUUGCAAUGUAUUUUAUUUACCCGGUAGGCUCCGGACUGUCAACGUCUCUCUGUAGAAUUGCGCCAAUCGUUGUCGAUCGUUUUCGACAGGAGAUACCUAUAUGCCGACAUAGCAGGCACGUAUUCCUUUCUUUCAAAGUUUGCUAUUUUUAGUCGACUACCUGUCAUAAGUAAAUUAGAUUGUAUUUACAGACUGGCCUGCACUAUCUUCUCCCAGGCCGUUUGACUUUUGCUCUUUUAAACCACUUCUGCCAGCGAUUGUCAUAGAAUCACUGUUGCAACUGAAUAUUCUUACUGUCUCUCCCGUUUGUCAUUUUUAAAAAAUAAGACAUUAUAUCUUGUCUCUGUGACAACUUUACGAGGCGUACACCUUCCAACUGACAAUAAGGAUCAUGAUGAUAUCGGAGCUGAGACAUGCAUUUGCUACCAGACGAAGUUCGUACCUGAUGCUCCUAACGAAUUUUCCCUGGUUACCGUGUUGUCACCGGAACAUUGUCGUUGUAAUUAUGUGGUUUCCAGGGCAGAUUUUUCAUUUGUGCGCUUUAUGGAUGCUCUUGUUUCCAUAUAAUUUGUCUUAUGCAGUUUUAUGCCGAGUUAAUAGCACUCAAGUGACUGACACAAUUACCUUAGAACAUCAGGCAUAGCUUGGACUCCGUGUGUACGGGUUCUACUGCUAUGACCAAUCAUUUCCACUAUUUUCUCAUGGAUAGGAGGGUCUAUUCAUAUGUCGGUACGUAGGAUAACCAAACCCACGGUGACUCGCCAUUGCAGUGUUUAUUUACUGAUGAUCAGCCAUUACCAAAGUUUUGUUACAUGAUGUCGGCGGACCAAUCCGAGAAUCCUGAACUCGACGCCGCUACCGAAGCUCGCGCGCACCUAGCCAUGCACCGGCGACUUUUCCAAGUCGGUUGACAGUAUUGUGCUCAGCCUGUUCGUCGGUGUUGCCAUUAACCCGACGUUGCACUCUCCUGCCGAGUAAUUCCGAUUGAAGACAGCUGGACCUGGGGCGGACGGUCAGCCGUCGCGUGCCACGUUGGAUGUGGGGAUUGUUUAGAUACUUGCACUGGACAACUAGGCCGUCCAUUGACCAAACGAAUAGUGAAGUUCACGGAAGCAAUGGGGCGCCGUAUUUAACUUUCGCAGGCAUCCUGUCCUACGGUGUACUCUAGUCGCGCCCGACACCGUCGGCCACGGUCAAAACCGUCAGAACACUCAGUCAUCGCAUGGGCCUAUUCCAUACGUGAAGACGCCGCUUAAAGCUUCCUGGCUUCCCGUACACCUUUGCUUACAUGUGCGCACGGACACGGUUAGGCUAUUAACUAGCAUUUUUGAUAACACAUAUAUGCAGGGCAACCGUUAGCAGAGCACCACUGAUCGCUCCCGUGACAAACAUGAGAUGCCGCUUUUCAGCGCGCCAUGACGUGCGGAAGAGCGUUUUUGAGAAUGUGCACAUCGUAUUUAUGUGACACUUAUGCUUCCUGACGAAAUCUGGUCUUGCGGAUAGAAAAUUUCGCAUCACGCCAAUCACCGCACCAAAUCUCACCAGCUGGUUGGCAGAUUCGAACGCUCAACUGGCAUGAGAGGAGAAUGAUACCGAAACUUGGGAGCAAUCCAUCCUUAUGACAAGUCAGCAUACUCUUCAUAGCAAAUCUGCUGAACGUAAACCUGUCAGCACGCAUUAUCCGUCGGGGUCUGAAGAUAGUCAAUUGACGUAGUGACUGGGCCCCAUAGGGGACUUUUUAAUAUGGCCCUUAUGGCCUUUCCAUUUGUGUAAUAUCCGAGACAACCAUUUAACUCACCCUUGGUGUGCUGGGACCUAGGGCUCAGGUAAUGUUUGGCACGCGUAUACGCGUUGUAAUGCUCUGUCAUCCAAUGCGCCCACGCCCACUUCUGGUCGUCUUGACUUAGCCUUGCUGUCGGGACUCGGCGGGUGGGGGUAAAGGUAGAUCCUUCGCAAGGCUAUUCCACUGUGAACAAGAUCACGUGCAAGUCGCAGCUGGGCGUAUUUGGUGUGACAGUUGUGGAUCUCGUCCAUUUCGAAGGCAGGACCGUCUGCUUCAUCCUUAAUUUCCUCCUCUAGACCGCCUUUGCGCGUCACAUCAUCAAAUGUUGUGCCGAGACCUGUGCGCAGACUGCACAUGCCCGGACCAAGAUGCUUCCCAGACGGACUUUUUUCCCAGGCCAGCUUGCUAACCAGUGUGUUUCUUAUUUGCUGAGCUCGUUUUUCUGUCUAAACCCUACUAGCCCCCUGGUCUCUGGCAGUGCUGCUUGGUGGGAGACUGAAGGAAGCCUGUCCGGUCGCCUCACGCAGCCAAAUCAUUGUGUUGCGGUCACGGCCAAGACUCACUCUGUCACCGCCUGCCCUCCCGCUUGACUCUUCCGCGUGGGAUCCGCGCAGGGUGUUUGCUGUCUACGACAGUCACAAGGUGGCUAACUCUCUCAUCGUAACAUCUGUGGAAGGUCCCGGCCAACAUGCCAGAGAACUGGUCACACCGGUCUCGCUGAUGAAGUACGCCACCGGCAAGGGUGACAUCAGCGGUGGCGUGCGUAUUGUCCUACGCAAUAACCUGGAUAUCCCUGUGAAGGCGGCCCUCUUUGAUAGCGCACCCUGGUACACGGAGGUUUACUACAGCAGCCUGAAUACGGCCUGUCAGGAUGCGGCUGGGAGGCCGAUUGAACCCUGCGCUGCCGGUAUGCUUACUAAGAUAAUUCUUUCUGCUCAGUAGCACGCAGUCCGCCGUGAUUGUCCGAAACCGUUUUCGUGUAGAGAAGCCUAUACUUUUUAAGUAUUUGAUUAACUCCUGAGGUAGUUGAUUGCAUGUUUUCUCAACCAGAUGACUCGCAUUCGCCGUUGGCCCCGGCGGUUGUGUCACCAGCGACCAUUCAAGAUUCCACACCUUUCCGAAACAGCCUUUAACAUGAUAGAUAUUCAUUAAAUACGCCUUAUCAUUUUACCGACUACGGGAUGCUAUUGAGCUUGAUCUGUUUUACUUGCGAGGUUUAUGCUGCAGUGCUUGCUUUUCAGAAUACACUAACUCGACUACGGAUUUGGCUCACUGGCGCAGACUAUGUAUGCGUUUUGCCGCUCGAGGCGUCAAUCUGUUUCUUGUCGCAUAAGAAAGUAGAAGGCAUGCUACGCCGUCUUUACCUCAGAGGGAGAGGGAAGACUUCCCGGUCUAAGGGCGGGAUCGAGCUCAUUUUUUUCUGACCCACGACAUCGCCCAAAUGUUCAUGUUUUCAUUCCUACCCUGUUAAAUUUAAACACGUCAGUUUGUGCAACCCUGUCGCAAUGUUUCUGCCUGCAUCAACUUGCCCUUAGAAUAUUCCUUUGAUAUUUACGAUCGGGUGCCGCAGAGUCCUGUAUGUCAUUAGUUUUGAGAAGUUAGCUCACCUAUCUUUACAUGUAGAAUCACUGGGCGUUUAAGUUGUAAACUCGGUUGCCCACUUCGUCGGCACCUGAUGUAGUGGGCCUAGUGAGAUCUGCACAAGCCAUUUUUUACCCCUACCGCGACCUUGUAGGUCGGCCCCUGCUUUUAAUGGAUUGUUUCUCCUCAUGAUAAGGCCGCCCUCCUACUUUGAACGUCGUAUUGGGCCUCUUAAACCUAGUUCCACAAGAUGACCUUGCGCAGAAUAGCAUUACCGACAAAUACAAGAGAGACUGAAAUGACCUUUUCCGGCCCAUUAGCCGUCGUCAGCCAGCCACACCCAGUGCCGAGGUGUUCAACCCUUGGGACUCGGUCCUGCGACCUGUUGGUUAGAAGUCCAACGCUCUAACGACUGAACCACAAACUCAUCGUCCUGUUCCCAUCCGAUGUCCCUUGUCUUUGUCUGUAAUGCUAUUCUGCCUCUAUUACGCACCGCCGUGCGGCCGCUGGUGGGACUCGAUACAAAGUCGCAAGGCUCUGCGGAACGAGUGAGUUCCGUAGCACGAUGGGUGAGCACCUCACCAUCACGGCCUAAGGGGGCUAACCACGGUAAGUCGACAUUGGUGUAUUCUUUGAUGUUAUCAACCGCCAGUCACAUGUUUCACUUGUCACACCUCGCGACUGCUUUCGUUUUAGACCGUGUCGCCUUUCGACCUAGCGUGGUGCGUGAGCGUAUGGCUGUUCUGGAGAUGCUGCUGACUUUGCCAGCCAAUUCCCUUCUCACAGUCUCCUAUAACUUCAAGAAGAUAUUGAUGCGCUGGAACGAGUAUCCGCCUGAUGCCAAUCACGGUGUCUACCUUCCCGCAGCCAGCGUUGUCUUCCAACUCUCAGCGGAGAGGUUGAAGCGGUUGCACCAACGGCAGGAACCGAUGUAUUGGGAGACUGUCCUCCCCAUGUGGGCCGGUACAUAUACAGACUUCUUGUAAGUCCACAAUUUUUCUCCAAUUAAUCUUCUUCGCAUUAGAAAAAAAUGUAUGUAAGCACUGACGGUCCCACAACUUAGACAGAGUUGGCCGGUCCUAAUGCAAGUUUCUUGCUCAUUACCUUCAUUGACUGGCCAUAUACGGAGCGGUCUGGUCUUGCAAUUAUAUAAAAGUUACAUAUCUGCUGCCUUCAUUUGUAUGUACACCCUCCGCCGACACCCGGAUGUCCGGGUUAGAAACGCUGCCACGAACAAAGUCAGCCAUCUGCUAAUAUCUUGACAAGGAUAGGUGGUUGGGGGAUUACGAUUGCUAUUGUUGUCUUUGUGAUCUGUGAUUUUCUACUGUUGAGCGUAAGGGCGUUUUUUGGUCGCCCGGACGUCCGUCAGUGCUGCGGCUACUUCGCGGAUUUAGAUUGAGCCAUUUGUUACCCUCUUCUCUGGUAGCUCGUAUCAGUAUUUCUACUUCUCCGACUUCACUUGUUUAUUCUGCCACCCUCUUUUUAUGUCCCAGCUCGCCCAGCAAUUCCAGUGUUCUGAGCACCGCCGACGGUCGAAAGCAACGAGUGGGCGACGGCCUUGUGCGUCUCUACUCGGAGCCCGUGCUGGUACGCCUACCUGUGCCUGACUUCAGCAUGCCUUUCAACGCCCUCUGUCUGGUCUGCUCCAUCGUGGCUGUCGCCUUCGGUAGUGGGCACAAGGCGGCCACUAACGCCAUGAUGCCUGUGGUCAGUGUGGACGGAGAGGACGUGGAUCGUCCACCCCUCUUCCGCCUCCUUGCUUCCGUCAGACGCCGUAUCCUCGCCCUUAUUAGCUCCCGCAAGGGUCCCAAGCCGCAUCCAAAAUCCGAGUAG